AUGGCUAUUGCAGCCACAUACCAGCAAAUCGACACAAAUCAUAUUUCUAUCGCUAAGUUUGGAUUCGAAGUGGACUGGACAAUUGACACUGCUGCAGACUACGACACGACUAUGGUAUUGGUGUUCCUCGAGGGCCGUGACGGUACAACGAACAUUCUCAGCGUUGCCGGCUUGGAGACCAGCAACCCCGUACCAGUACCCGGGAGUGAAGUGUAUCUGAGCAAAAACAACGGACUGUCCUUUGAGGACCAAGAGUUCUGGUUCAGUGAGGUCGAUAGUUCGGGUCUUGCUAGUAAGACAGCCUGGUUGGAUAUUGCAAAUAUCCAGGUCAACCCGUACUUCAAGACCCAUGCCAUGCUAUGGUCUCAGGAUCACGCAACGCUCUUCAUCACCAAGACAGGCGGAGACACCUGGUCCCGUCGACCCGUUACGCUCGAGUACAGCCCACGCACUGUGGUGCCUCACCCCACAGAGCCGGAGACCUCUCUACUCAUCACAUCCAAUGGAGGACAUGUGUACAUAACCCAGGACAUGGGUGACACCUACUCUGGGCCAUAUCGCAGUAACGUGCUUUCGGCUCUGUGGGCACCGCAGCUGCGGAGCGAUGGGGAACCGGCACAGGACGCAGCGACUACUAUCUUCUUUGUAGAGGAGGCGCUAGAGGAAGGUCUGGCUCUAAUCGUCUUCCAGUUGCGUCGUACCACCGACUUGUUUGCCACAACCGAUGACCUGUUGCAGCCAGACAUUCAGACCUUUAGUAUGGUGCCUGAGAACAAUAUGAUGUUUGUGUCGACGUUCAGUCUCUUGACGGGAGCUGUGGCCCUGAAGGCAAGUCUGGACAAUGGAGAUACGUGGGAGGACGUGGUUAUUCCGAUACAAGAGGAUCAUAGAGACUACGGCUAUAGUGUCAUAGGCCACUUCAACGGUAGCGUGUUCUUGGUUGCGGACAACGACAACCAUGAAUCCAUGCCGGCAGGAGGGCAAGCAUCUGCGAACGUCUACGGCGCAACAGAGAACAGCCUCAACUUCACGCUUGUACUGGACAAGCUUCUCUACCUCGACAGCAACUCGUAUUUCGCAGAGGUACCGAACCGACCAGGCACGAUUGCCGCAGACAUCAUCGCAGAGGGACCCAACAACACAGUUGGCUUUGAGAGUGUGCUGUCCUUUGACGGGGGAGCCACGUGGAAUACUCUGGCCACGUCUGGCAAGUAUCCCAACGGAACUGCCUACGACUGUGGGAACUGUACACUAUACUCAGGCUACAUCCAGGGCACCCCUGACAGUGUACUGGUGACCAAAGCCACAUACAUGGCACCGUACGAAGGACCGCCAGGGCUGUUCCUGUCCGAAGAUGGGGGCAAGAGUUGGGAUAUGAUUCUCGUAGCACCCAGCGCGUUCUACGCCAUCAACUCCGAUGCCUCCAUCAUCCUCACAGCCGAGUCCAGCCUACCUACCACCACAGUACAAUACACGCUUGACAACGGAAGAACCUGGUUAGACUACGAAUUCACAGAGUCCCCUGUGAGCGUUAAAAUGAUCAAGUUCGUGACCGAGGAGGACCGAACAUUCCACGUGUACUCGACCACCGGCAGCAACGUGUACUCGACCACCGGCAGCAACGACACCACUGCAAGCGACGGUGUCAGCCCUAGGGCGGCUUCUACAUGGUACGCUACAACUAUAAUCUUCAACUGA